UGAGGGAUGGCAAGGCGCGGGGCUAGUGUCAAGAGUAUCCAGGACUGGUGAAGGAGCGCGCGUCCUCCAGUAAGGCACUCGCCCUCCACACCGACCUUUCUUCCCUUCUGCUUCGUUACUAUACCCCAACAGCUACACGCCCCCGCGCUCUGAUGGUCUCCCGCCGUAAAGGGGCCGGUGAUGGCUGGGGGGCCGUUCACCUCACCCUCCUGCUGGGGUUCGCUUACAUUAUGGCUACCCAACCCUCAGUCAUACAGGGACAAAACAUGACGACUGAAGCCACCAGCUCCAGUCAUUCCGACGACAGUAGUCCCAGCACCAGCCCCCCUUCCACUGGUCCUGAGAGCUCCGGAACAGCACAGGAAGGCACUACAAGUAGAGUAAAUACCUCAGAAGUUGACACUGACUCUACUGAAAGCUACAACAGUCUCGCCACGGAACAAA